AUGACCUCGGAGACGUUCGCGGACUCCGAUCACGGAGGAGAUAAGGAGACUAGUAAAUCCAUUUCAGGCGCACUGAGCUUCAUCAUGGGAGAACAUGGCACCAAAGCUCUCAUUGCAUGGUUUGCUGUGAAAAUGCGGUCUUCUGGAAUCUCUACUGGAGAAGUGGAGGUUGCAGCAGCUUCAGUUGCACUCAGACGAUUGGCCCUUCCACUGACAUCCGUGCUGGAGUUCGUGUUCGCGCCCAACGGUGCGGCGAUCCUCACUCUGUUGCGCGGCGACGCUGAGGUGGCCGAGCACGUAUUUGCCAGUGGGCGAAGCAAGGCCAUGAGGUAUUUGAGGAAGGUCCAUCGCGUCAGCAUCCACUUCGUCUAUGACGACGCCCAUUUCAAGCACGUGCACUUCAUGGGACUUGUUAUCUUAUCAGACGACAGCCAGGUGAUGGCCGUGGUUGCCUACAAGGCGAACAAGGGUUUCAAGCAGGGUGCCCGCAGGGUGUGGGUAUCUCCGGAUAUGCCUCACACUCUGGAGCACAUGCUCCUUCAUCUUCCCAUGCACCCCGACUGCGAGAUUUGCCAGCUUGCGAAGAUCUCGCUGACCCCGGCCACUGACUACGCCUUCGUACACCCCAUGCCCGACAAGACGGGCUCCACGGUGACGGAGGCUUACAAGGUGCUCACCGUCGACUCCGUGAUCAAGAAGGUACGGCCUGACUGGGGCUGCGAGUUCCAAGGUCGAUUCAAUCGUACGUCUGAUUUGAAGUUGAGGCCAUUUGGUUAUUUGAUCAAUUAUCUUAAGGACAAGCCUUCGGCGAUCACCAACCUCCCAAAGUUCGAACCACGAGGCGACUUCGGCGUGGUCGUUGGCUACGGCGCCCGGGGGAGCUUCAUCAUCUUGCGACUCGCUCCGUUCAUCCAGGAAGGUCGCAGGCUGUUCAAAAGAACGCGGGACGUCAAGUUCCCAGCUCACGGCCCGAAGUUCCCCGUGCGUCAUCUUCUCAAGAGUAGGGAACCCGAGGUUGCAUGGCAUUUCCUCCUCCCGUGCGAGCAGGUCCCGGACGACGACGUUGAGCUGCACGCCCCGCGCGGCGACAGGUGCGCUACCUGCUCAGGGUUCAUCGCCACCGACCCCGUGACUUGCAAGGCCUCCAUAGAAGGUGCGCCUAGGAAGCGGGUCACCAAGAAGGAGACGUCGGAGGUCCACAGCAAUGACCAGACUUGCAACCUUCGACGUUGCCAUUGCGUGAGCGCUGAUGCAGUCGGAACUGAUGUUGUCCAGUGCCUUGUGGACCCGUUGCCACCAUGCGAGGAGGAGAAUUCUGUGGCCGACAUCGUUUUUGGCACGUUGAUUGUACCUGACACGGUCGUGCCUGCUCCAUCUACUGUUGGCCCAGACUUCCACGAGCCUGAGAAUCUCGCCUCAGCUGCCGGCCAUAUCAACGGCAAGGUGGGGGAGAGAACCACCUCGUCUGAGGAGGCGGUGAAGGGGUUUUGCAUGGUCUACAAGGCUGUCCCUCUCAAAUCCGCUUCCGCCCAGACACCGGAGGCUCAGGCCGCCGUCUGGAAGGAGUUGGCCACGAUGGAGGAGCUCCAGGUUUGGGACCCAUACGACACCGUCAUGGUGCUAUGGCAACUUCGUUCUCUGCAUCCUGGUGCUCUUGUGAUGUACGCCCAUCUUCUUCUAGGCUGCAAGGACACGGAGUCUUCCGGACUCCACGUGCUGGAUCCGCUGCAGGCUUACCUCCUGAAGUGGAAGGCGCGUAUUGUUGCUGGAGGCGACCGUCUUCUUGACCAGCACGGCCGGCACUACAGGGAGAAGGACUUGCACGGUGCACCUACCAGUCUCGAAGCUGUACGUCUGGUGUGUUGGUGGGCUACGAUGUCUCCAACACACACGCUUUUGCAGGCUGAUGUGACAGGCGCCUAUCUUCAGUCCCAGCUCGGAGGACGGCCGGUAUGGAUUGUAUUACCUCCGAAUCUUUGGCCGAAAUGGUGGUCCGAGAAAGGCUACAAGCAGCCCGUGUUGCGUUUGCGUAAGACUUUGUACGGAUUGCAGAGGUCCGGUUCUGAUUGGGCCAAGAAGGCGCACAGCGUCCUCACUGCAGCCGGCUGGACUGUCAUUCCGGAUGUUGUGGACGCAGUGUAUAUCAAGCGGGACGGCACCAAGGUAUGCAUCAUGGCCCUCUACGUCGAUGACAUUUUGGCCAGUGGGCCGAGCGACAUGUUGACUGGAGCCUUGGAUGCCAUCAGAGGCGUUUCGUAG